AUGGCACAGGCUCAGGGUUUGGGGAAGAGAUAUAUGAAAGCCUUUUUGAAAGGUUUCUUUGUUGCUGUUCCAGUAACAGUGACUUUCCUGGACAGAGUUGCCUGCGUAGCAAGAGUGGAAGGAGCAUCAAUGCAGCCUUCUUUGAAUCCUGGGGGAAGACAAGCAUCUGAUGUAGUGCUCUUAAACCACUGGAGCAUUCGAAAUUAUGAUGUACAACGUGGGGACAUUGUGUCAUUGGUAUCUCCUAGAAACCCUGAACAGAAGAUCAUUAAACGAGUGAUUGCUCUUGAAGGAGACAUUAUCAAAACAAUUGGAUACAAAAAGAAGUAUGUGAAAGUUCCACAUGGGCAUAUUUGGGUGGAAGGCGAUCACCACGGACACAGCUUUGACAGCAAUGCUUUUGGCCCAGUUUCUCUUGGACUUCUCCAUGCUCGAGCUACUCAUAUCCUCUGGCCUCCACAACGCUGGCAGAAGUUACAUCCAGUGCUACCUCCAGAACGCAAACCGCUCCAGAGAGAGCAGGAGUGA